AUGGAUGAACUGCUUGCCCCUAUUCAAGAUGCCUUUGAAGGCCAAAUUGACUUCCACGGCCAGCGUCUAGCAGAGCUACUUUCUACCGUCUUGUUAAUUCUUUCGGGGGCUGCCAGCUUCGUCGUCGGAUACACCUACAAGGACAUUUACCUCACAUUAUGGACCGGUUUGGCGGGCACACUGUUCACAGCUCUCGUUGUCGUCCCGCCCUGGCCCGUAUACAACCGUAACCCCGAGAAAUGGCUGGGUUCCACAGGCGGGAAAGCAAAUCCCGGGAUAACUGUGGAUGGAGUGAAGGUGCAAUAUUGA